AUGGUCCGCUCUGUCCGCUUCGCUUCGACAAGAUCAUCGCUCUUAAAUGCUCGAUCCUGGCUUGAGAAGGGCGCCUCGAUUCCUGUAAUUUUCCGUCGCUCUUCAACGAAGCGUUCGAGCCAAAGGGAUCUUGAGGCUGGUAAAUAUCCUCGCGGGGAAGACCCGGCAGCUAUCAGGGCCUUGGAUCUUCAGCCACCGCGCCGUGACCUUCUCGAUCUCGGUGUGACCUUUGUGAAAACGGACAUUGUCAAUGAGGCUGCAGUGCAGAGUGCGUUUUCGCAACCAUGGCCCAGCGCCGUGGCCGACCUGCCGUUGACUGUUUUCCAUAACGCUGCUGUAAUUCGACCAGCCGAUCGCCACAAGGCCUUCCUCCCCUUGGUUCGCAAGGUGAAUGUUGGCGGGACUGUCAAUGUGCUGAAGGCCGCUAAAGCGGCCGGGGCUAGCUGCUUCAUCUCGACGUCUUCUGGCUCCGUCUGUAUGCGGCGGCCCGCAUUCUGGAUUUCCCCUUGGGCAAAAACGCCGCGGCACGCCGUCCAGGUCCUCAGCGAUGAAACCGAACUUCCCAAAGAGCAUGACGAGUUUUUCGGCACGUAUCCCAUUUCGAAACUGGAAGCGGAAGCCCUCGUUCGUGCAGCCGACAAUAUCAAGGCCAAUUUCCGCACGGGCUGCAUCAGACCCGCGAAUGGGAUCUCUGGCGUCGGUAGCGAGUCCAGCGCAACAAUCAUUGGAUUGUACCUGAAGAUGGGCGGCGGUCCAACCUGGCUCCAUCCCGUAAUCCAAAACCUCGUCAAUGCUGAAAACGUCUCGAUCGCGCAUCUCCUCUACGAGCAACGCUUAAUCGAACAUACAGCGUCUCCAUCAGCCCUGCCGAAUAUCGGCGGGGACGCCUUCAUCGUCACAGAUCCAAACCCAGCUGUAUCAUUUGGCGAUUUGUAUUUGCUCAUGACGACGCUGGCCACAACGCCCGUCCGUUUCCCCUACGUGCCUCCCGUUAUCAUGCUUAUACUGUCCCAUUUCGUCGAGUGGUAUGUCCUUCUGCGUCUCUUUUACUUUCCCUGGCUUCCUGAAGUCACGAGCGACUUGAGGAGACUACAGCCGGCAGUUUUUGCCAUUUCAAAUCCCCAUCUGAUUGUUGAUGAUGGACGCGCGAGAAAGGAUCCGCAAGAUGGGGGACUGGGGUAUAACCCACCGUUGACUUCGCUAGAUGGGGCAUGCAAGGAAUUGGUGCAUUGGAACCAGCUUGCUGUGGAAAAGGGAGCUGCUGCUAUUAUGGGGAAGGCUCCUUAG